AUGGCGUAUGGCCUGGAGCAGAAAUCUGCUGAUUUGAAGGGAUAUCAGAACAAGGGCGAAAAGUCAAGAUUUCGGUCAUACCGUACUGGAAAGCAGGGAAGCUAUGAGUCAUACCAACCUAACAUGUCGGGAAACGCAGCGGACACGAAGCCGCUUUGUGCAUUUUGUGGUCGUACUGGGCAUGGUAUCUGGAGUUGCCACCAGUUUCAACAAAGACCAGUCUUAGAUUGCUGGAAAACUGCUAAAGAGAAACAGUUAUGUUUUCGGUGCCUUGCCACUGACCACCAUGGUAAAGACUGUCGAAGGUCACGUCAGUGCAACGUAGGUGGGUGUCAAGUUACACAUCAUCGAUUGCUUCAUGACCCGGAACACAAAAACAACAAACCAAAUCUUCCAGAGCUGGAGAAGGUCGAGUUAAAAUUCCCACGGGAGGGGGUAACGGAACAAGCGAGACUGGUUACCACGACAACCAGUGAAUCUAACUAUAUAAAGUACAGAUACAUUCUCUGA